AUGCUGAGGUCACAGGGAAUCAAAGGCCCUUCUUACAGAUUCCUCCAUGGCAGCACUAAAGAAAUCUUGAACAUGAGGAAGGAAACCAUGAGCAGACCCAUGGAUUUAUCUCAUAACAUAUUUCCAAGGGUUCAGCCUCACAUUUAUUCUUGGCUUAAUAUGUAUAGAACAAAUUUUGUUUUCUGGUAUGGUCCGAAACCUCAGAUUGUAGUUACAGAACUGGAAGGAAAGUUGCUAUAUAAGAUGGCUGAACUUCAAUCAAUUCCAAAGAAAGGCAUAGUAUUUACCAGGAAACAAUAUGGUCUGAUAGGCAUGGGUAGAUUAACCAAGAUGAAAUGGAAAGAAAAAGGAAUCAAAGGCCCUUCUUACAGAUUCCUCCAUGGCAGCACUAAAGAAAUCUUGAACAUGAGGAAGGAAACCAUGAGCAGACCCAUGGAUUUAUCUCAUAACAUAUUUCCAAGGGUUCAGCCUCACAUUUAUUCUUGGCUUAAUAUGUAUAGAACAAAUUUUGUUUUCUGGUAUGGUCCGAAACCUCAGAUUGUAGUUACAGAACUGGAGUUUGUGAAAGAGAUACUGAACAACAGAGAUAAAGUUUACCAGACAAUGGACUCAGAAGGCUUUUUAAAGAAGCUAUUUGGAGGUGGUCUUGUCGCGCUAGAUGGUGAAAAAUGGGCCCAUCGAAGGAAACUAGCCCAUUAUGCUUUUCAUGCAGAAAGCUUGAAAAAUAUGACUCCAGCAAUGAUCACGAGUGUGGAGAUUAUGCUGGAGAGGUGGAAACAGUAUAAAGGAAAAGAGAUUGAUGUGUUUGAAGAGUUCAGACAGUUAACAUCAGACGUGAUAUCCAGGACAGCUUUUGGGAGCAGUUAUUUAGAAGGAAAGGAUAUUUUUGAGAUGUUGAUGAAGUUGACUAACUUAAUGGCCAGAAAUGCUUUUAAAAUCAGACUUCCUGCCCUCAGUCUAUUUUUUAAAAGUGGUGAUAAUAUCGAAUCAGAGAAACUUGAACAAGGAAUACGAGAUUCAAUUAUCAAGAUUAUAAAGAAAAGAGAGAAGGCAACAAGUGGAGGAUUGCACAACUUUGGGGGUGAUUUUCUUGGAUUACUUCUAGAGUCUAACCAUAACGUCGAUGAGGGCAACAGGAUUACAGAACAAGAUAUGGUUGACGAAUGCAAGACCUUUUACAUUGCUGGACAUGAAACCACCACAAGCUUGCUUUCAUGGACCGUUCUUCUUCUAUCAAUCCACACAGAUUGGCAAGAGAAAGCAAGGCAGGAAGUGAUCAAAACCUUUGGACAACAACUUCCGACUUCAGAUGGUAUUGCAAGACUAAAAAUGAUGAACAUGAUCAUUCACGAAUCUCUAAGACUGUACCCUCCGGUGAUUGCCCUUCUAAGAGAAGUUAAAAGGGAAGUCAAAAUGGGGGACAUCAUACUUCCAGCCAAUAUAAAAGUACAUGUUCCUACUCUUGCACUUCACCAUGACACUCAAAUCUGGGGGGAAAACGCACACCUUUUCAAGCCAGAGAGAUUCUCAGAAGGAGUUGCCAAAGCUACCAAUUACAAUCCAGCAGUAUAUCUUCCCUUUGGCUUGGGACCCCGAAGUUGCGUAGGCCUAAACUUUGCAACUAAUGAAGCUAAGAUCACACUAUCAAUGAUUCUGCAGCGCUACUCGUUCACCCUCUCCCCAGCUUACAUUCACUCACCUGUUCCUGUUCUGACUAUUAGCCCACAACGUGGGGUUCAGAUGAUGCUUCAUGCUCUGUAG